AUGGCAAACUGGGAGCGAAACAAAAGGAUCUUAUUGGAGCUGGUUAAGCUGCCAGAGAACAGUUUUUGUGCGGACUGUGGAUCCCCUGAUCCAGACUGGGCAUCUUCCAAACUAGGCUUAUUUGUGUGUCUGAAUUGUUCUGGUAUCCACCGUAACCUGUCCAGCCGAGUAAAGUCUAUAAAGCUUGACAACUGGGAAGAUGACCUUGUAGAAUUGAUGAAAUCCAGUGGCAAUGCCAGAGCCAAAGCCUUGUAUGAAAAAGCACUUCCUCCUUACUACUACCGACCACAGCAAACUGACUGUGUAGUCUUAAGAGAGCAGUGGAUUCGAGCCAAGUAUGAAAGGUUGGAAUUCACAGGGGAGACCAAGUAUCCACCUCCGUCUUAUACCACAGGCUUCUUUGAAGGAAUGCUUUGGAAGAAAGGAAAGGAAAAUACUCAGUUUCUGCAGAGAAAAUUUGUUCUCUCUGAGCGAGAAUUCACACUGGCUUACUACAACAAAGAAAAUGAGUCCAAAGGUCCAAAGGCCCUCAUCUCCAUCAAGCACUUGAAUGUAACUUUUCAGCCAGAAAAGAUUGGUCAUCCCCAUGGGAUGCAGAUUACUUACCUUAACAAUGACCACACCAGGAGUCUGUAUGUGUAUCAUGAUAGUCCUGAGGAAAUAGUCACAUGGUACAAUGCCCUUCGUGCGGCUCGCUAUGCUUACCUAAAGACAGCAUAUCCAACUGGAACAGAAACUGAUCUGAUAUCGAAUAUAACACCAGCCUACCUUAAAGAGGGAUACAUGGAAAAGACGGGGCCAUCGCAGAAGGAACCAUUCAAAAAGAGAUGGUUCAUUUUAGACUCUCAAAAUAGGAAGUUGCUGUACUUCAAGGGCUGUUUGGAUGCUGAAGAGCAGGGGGUCAUCUUCCUUGGCACAGAAAGUAACAAUUACUCUGUUAGAGACUAUGUCCCAAAACGAACUCGUGGAAACAAGUGGAAGUUUGGCCUCAUGGUGCAGACACCCGAGCGGCAAUUUGUCUUUAUGUGCCAGCACGAGUGUGAGCAAAGAGAGUGGCUGAAUUCCCUCAGACAGGUCAUGUCCAGGCCUAUGACACCACAGGAUUAUACCACAGAGGCCAACAUCAGGAAUAAGCGAUGA